AGUUGCAGGCAGUUACCAAUAGUUACCCAAUCGCUGGUAAGAGGCAAAUCUGGAAAAGAAAGAGUAGGGAAAAGAGAAACGAUGUUUCUGAUUAUGGAUUCACCCACUACAACUGCCUGAUCUCCCAGAGACCUAUCCAGUGCUGCUCUUCUGCUUGGCCGAAAUGGUAGCAUUCCCAAGGAAUGAAGCUUUUUGUUUCCUUUGGAUUUCUUGUGUGUUCGUCUCUCCGUGGGUUCAGCAAGAAACCGAAGCCUUUCAGUGUAGCAAUGGGUUGUCCUUGCCUCCUGACAACGUGUGUGACUUUACAGAUCAGUGUGGGGACAAGAGCGAUGAACAGCAAUGCUCCAAUUAUGAAAGAUGUGAUUUUGAGAAUGGGCUCUGUAGUAUGACACAAGAUCGGAGUCUGCAACCUGGUUGGACAAAGAGAAAUGGGAUGGCCGGUCACUCACUUCCAUUUUAUGAUCACAGUGGUAAUAUGUCUGCCCACUUCCUGUCACUGGUCUCCAAGGUGGAAUCUACUUCCUCAAACUUAAGAAGCAGAGUGUUUCUUCCCACGAAUAUCCAACAUGCCUGUCAGAUUACAUUUUAUUACUUCUCCAGUCAAGUGGGUGGCAAAUUAAGAGCUGGCCUUCAAACUACAUGUGGUGGGCCCGUUCGGCAUUUAUGGCAAAACACAGCUGGGCUCCAGAAUCAGUGGGAGAGAAAUGUCAUGAGCAUCCAGAGCAACCAGAAAUUUCAGGUUGUUUUUCAAGGUCAAAUAAUUUCAACUCCUGAACAAGAUGAAGUCAUAGCUAUUGAUGAUAUAUCUUUCAGUUCAGGCUGUUUGCCUGCAAAUGAUGAAAUUUUACCAUGUCAAGAAACACUGAAUACCGAGCAGGAACUGUGCCAUCUAGAUUCACGUCUCUGCAAUUUUGAUUCUACAGAUGAAGGAUUGAGGUUAUGUCACGUCUGUGGAUUUGAAUCUGACAUGUGUGACUGGGCAUCAGAAACAUCUGCUGGGCGAAUUUCCUGGAUGCGCACAAAAGCAAGAGAGGUUCUUGCAUUAGAAUCUAUACCUCAGCGGGAUCAAAGUAGUGAUGAUGAAGGUUACUAUAUGUGGAUAGGAGCUAAGGAUGCUUCUACUCUUAACCAUUUAGACAGCAAGGCUUAUUUAAAUAGCUCUGUGUGUCACUGCCUGGGCAAGAGAUGCCAUCUUCAAUUCUAUUACUCUAUGGAAAACAGUGUUCUGAGAGUAGGACUAUAUAGUAAUAAGGAAGAAGAAAUAUUUUGGACAUAUAGCACAUCAACUGACAGAAAAUGGGUGAAAGCAGAGGUGUUAAUACCAGAAGGACUGAAGACAUUUAAGAUUAUCUUUGAAGGGACUAUUCUAAGCCAGAAAGGUUUUAUUGGGCUGGAUCAGCUCUGGGUCUAUGCCUGUGCACGUGCUCCAUCCAGAAAGCUUUGCUCUACAGAGGAAUUCACUUGUGCUAGCGGCCAGUGCAUCGCCCAGGAAUUGGUCUGUGACUCUCAGCCAGACUGUUCUGAUGACAGUGAUGAAGACCCGGCAACUUGCUCACAUCAUCUCACGUGUGAUUUUGAGUCUGGUUUCUGUGGUUGGGAACCAUUUCUCACAGAAGAUUCACACUGGGAGUUCAUGAAAGGAUUGGCCAGUGGAGACAACCACCUACCUGAUGCUGAUCACAUAGCAAACACAAAUCAUGGAUCAUUCAUUUAUUUCAGGUCACAUCAAUUUCCAGGAGUGGCCAAACUUGGAAGUCCUGUUCUUACAAAAGCACACACUGCCUCUACCCCAUGUCAGGUGCGAUUUUGGUAUUAUUUGUCUUGGCAUUCACAUCUCUCGGUUUUUACAAGAACAUCACUGUCUGGGGAUUUGCAAAAGCAAGGUGAUCUGAUUGGAACCUCCACAUCUCAGUGGAAACAAGCAAAAAUCAAUCUCUAUGUGAAGCCUGGAGCAUCUACUCUACCUUUUCAGUUGAUUUUAGAAGCUACUGUUUUAUCAUCAAAUGCUACUGUUGCUCUAGAUGACAUCAGUAUAUCUCAGGAAUGUGAAAUUUCAGAUAAGUCACUUCCAGGUACCAGCAUACUAAAGAAAGCUGGAUUUGUGCCACGUGAGGAUGCAGGCUCUAUUUCAUCCAGCAAGUUCUGUGAUUUUACAUCUGAUUCCCCAAAUGGAGCAGAUGAAGCCAACUGUGGUUCCAAAUGUGACUUUGAAGCAAAUAGCUGUGGUUGGUUUGAAGCAAUUAGUGGUGACCAUUUUGACUGGAUAUGGAACUCUAGAAGUAACCUUUCAGCUGAAUUUGAACAACAGGCUCCACCUUGGGAUCAUACUCACAGAACAGCUCAAGGGCAUUUUAUGUUCAUUCUGAAGAAAAGCAGAAGCUUGUCACAAGUUGCUAAACUCCAGAGCCCAACUUUCAGCCAGGCAGGACCUGGAUGCACACUUUCCUUCUGGUUUUACAACUAUGGUCUGUCAGUGGGAGCAGCUGAGCUACAGCUACAUGUGGAAAAUUCCAGCGACCCUACAGUACUCUGGAGAGUAUUAUAUAACCAGGGCAACCAGUGGUCACAGGCGACUAUUCAGCUUGGACGCCUUACUCAGCCCUUCCAUUUGUCACUAGAUAAAGUCAGUCUUGGCAUUUAUGAUGGGGUCUCGGCUAUUGAUGACAUCAGAUUUGAAAAUUGCACUCUUCCCCUUCCUGCGGAGAGCUGCGAGGAGCCAGAUUUUUUCUGGUGUCGACACACCAAGGCUUGCAUAGAAAAGCUUCUGUUAUGUGAUCUGGUGGAUGAUUGCGGUGAUCACACUGAUGAGGCCAACUGUGUACCUGAGCUACAGUGUAACUUUGAAAAUGGAAUUUGUAACUGGGAACAAGAUACAGAAGAUGACUUUGAUUGGACCAGGAAGCACGGUCCAACCCCAACACUUAAUACAGGGCCAAUGAAGGAUAAUACUUGGGGCACAGCUAAAGGGCACUAUCUCUACAUAGAAUCUUCGGAGCCUCAGGUUUUCCAAAACAGAGCCUCUCUGCUCAGUCCUGUCCUUAAUGCCACUGAUGCAGACGGCUGCACCUUCCGCUUCUAUUACCACAUGUUCGGGAAGCACAUUUACAGGCUGGCCAUCUACCAGCGGGUCUGGAGUAACACAAGAGGACAGCUGCUGUGGCAGAUAUUUGGGAACCAAGGCAACAGAUGGACAAGGACACGCCUCAACAUUUCCAGCAGGCGGCCUUUUCAGAUUUUGGUGGAGGCUUCAGUAGGAGACGGCUUCACCGGAGACAUUGCAAUUGAUGAUUUGUCAUUCAUGGAUUGUACCCUUUACCCUGGUAAUUUGCCAGUGGACCUCCCAACUCCACCUGAAAUGUCAGCUCCGGUCACAUUACCUCCACACAACUGUACAGACAGUGAAUUUGUUUGCAGGUCCAUUGGUCACUGUGUUGAAAAAAUCCAGAACUGUGAUUUUAGAUAUGACUGUCCUGACCAAUCAGAUGAAGCAUUCUGUGCCAUGAAAGUUUGCAGCUUUGAAAAAGGAAGCCUGUGUGAAUGGUACCAGCCGAUCCCAGAAAAUCUAAUUCGAGAUUCAAACACAUUCAGGUGGGGACUUGGCAAUGGAACCAGUAUUCAUCAUGGGGAAGAGAAUCACAGGCCAUCGGUGGAUCAUACAACAAAUACCACAGAUGGCUGGUAUCUGUAUGCCGAUAGCUCAAAUGGAAAGUUUGGUGAUAUGGCUGAUAUACUCACUCCUGUUAUUUCACGCAUGGGACCAAAAUGUACUCUGGUGUUCUGGACUCACAUGAAUGGGGCGACGGUUGGUUCUCUCCAGGUACUCAGCAAGAAAGACAAUGUUACUUCUAAAUUGUGGGCUCAAAGUGGACAGCAAGGUGCACAGUGGAAAAGAGUAGAAGUGUUUUUGGGCGUUCAAUCACAUAUACAGAUUGUCCUCAGGGCAAAGCGUGGUGUCAGUUACAUGGGAGAUGUAGCAGUGGAUGAUAUUUCCUUUCAAGAUUUCCCCCUACUUAGCCCAGACAGAAAGUGUACUGCUCAAGAAUUCACGUGUGCAAACAGGCACUGCAUUGCAAAGGACAAGCUGUGUGAUUUUGUGAAUGAUUGCGCUGAUAAUUCAGAUGAGUCUCCUUUCAUUUGCAGUACCUCCAGUGGGCACUGUGAUUUUGAAUUUGACCUUUGUUCCUGGGAGCAGGAACAGGAUGAUGACUUUGACUGGAAUCUGAAAGCUAGCAGCAUCCCUGCUGCAGGCACAGAACCAGCUGUUGAUCACACCUUCCGGAACUCCUCUGGUCAUUACAUCUUUAUAAAGAGCUUGUUCCCUCAGCAGCCCAUGAGAGCAGCCAGAAUCUCAAGCCCAGUCAUAAGUAGAAGAAGCAAAAACUGCAAGAUAAUUUUUCAUUAUCACAUGUAUGGAAAUGGCAUUGGGGCACUCACCUUGAGCCAGGUGUCCAUCUCAAACCAAACGAAGGUCCUACUUAACCUCACUGUAGAACAGGGCAAUUUCUGGCAGCGGAAAGAAAUAUCACUGUCUGGCAAUGAGGACUUCCAACUCAAAUUUGAAGGUAGAGUUGGGGAAGGACACCGUGGUGAUAUUGCCCUGGAUGACAUUGUGCUUUCAAAGAGUUGUCUGCCAUCCCAUUGGUCCAUGAAAGAAGAACCAGCAGCACCUCUCCCAACAGGUCCCUGCCCUCAUGGCUAUCGGGAAUGUCAGAAUGGCAAAUGUUAUAAACAAGAGCAAAGCUGUAAUUUCGUAGAUGACUGUGGAGAUUAUACUGAUGAAGCUGAAUGUGGUACUUCCUGUACUUUUGAGGAAGGCUGGUGUGGCUGGCAAAACUCCCUGGCUGAAAACUUUGAUUGGGUUUUGGGGGUUGGCUCUCAUCAAAGCCUACGACCUCCCAAAGACCACACACUUGGAAACAAAUAUGGGCACUUCUUGUACCUGGAGGCGACUCCGGUGGGCCUUCAGGGCGAAGAAGCACACCUCAAGAGUGCUGUGUGGAAGGAAUCCAGUGCUGUCUGUGCCAUAAGCUUCUGGUAUUUCAUAUCUGCAAAAGCUACAGGGUCCAUUCAGAUUCUCAUUAAGACGGAGAAAGGACUGUCAAAAGUGUGGCAAGAAAGUGGGCAGAACUCCAGUGAUCAUUGGCAAAAGGCAGUCAUCCUGCUAGGCAAGUUAAGGAAUUUUGAAGUCAUAUUUCAAGGCAUCAGAACAAGGGAUCUGGGAGGAGGAGCCGCCAUUGACGACAUUGAAUUUGAAAACUGCACGACUGUCGGAGAGACUUCUGAGAUUUGCCCAGAAGCCACUGAUUUUUUGUGCCGUGACAACAAGUGUGUUGCAUCUCACCUUGUCUGUGACUAUAAACCAGACUGCUCCGAUAGGUCUGAUGAGGCUCACUGUGGCCAGUAUACGAGCACAAUGGGAAGUUGUAAUUUUGAAACAACUUCGGGAAACUGGACCACAGCCUGCAGUCUUAUUCAGGACUCUCGAGAUGACUUAGACUGGGCCAUUGGCAGUAGAAUGCCUGUAGAGGCAUUGAGUCCAGACUUUGAUCACACACCAGGUAGUGGCCAGCACUUCCUGUAUGUCAACUCAUCUGGCCCCAAAGAAGGCUACACGGCAAGAAUCACUACUUCCCAAUACUUUCCAGCAAGCCUCGGAGUGUGUACUGUUCGGUUCUGGUUCUACAUGGUUGAUCCCAGGAAUAUGGGGAUAUUAAAGGUAUAUACCAUUGAGGAAUCUGGGCUGAACAUCCUGGUGUGGUCAGUGAUUGGAAAUAAAAGAACUGGUUGGAUGUAUGGAUAUGUACCGCUCUCUAGUAACAGUGCAUUUAAAGUGGCAUUUGAAGCUGAUUUGGCUGGAAGUGAAGACGUUUUUGUAGCCCUUGAUGACAUCUCUUUCACCCCAGAAUGUGUCUUUGGCGGUCCUGUGGCACCACAGCCAUCAUCUUGUGAAGCCGAUCAAUUUUCUUGUAUCUACACACUCCAGUGUGUCCCUCUCUCAGGGAAAUGUAAUGGACAGGAAGAUUGCAUAGAUGGCUCUGAUGAAAUGGAUUGUCCUCUCAGCCCCCCUUCUCAGCGUUGUGGUGAAAUGGAGUUCCAGUGCUCGAGCGGUGAAUGUAUCCCAUCCCUCCUGCUUUGUGAUGGAGUGCCUGACUGUCACUUUAAUGAAGAUGAAUCCAGCUGCUCCAAUAAGAGCUGUUCUGAUGGCGCGUUGAGGUGUCCCUCCUUGAACAGCUGUAUCCCAGUGCACGAGCGCUGUGAUGGUUUUGCCAGCUGCACGGAUUUCCAGCUUGAUGAGUCGAGCUGCUCAGAAUGCCCAUUGGGUUACUGCAGAAAUGGUGGGAAUUGUGUAGUGGAGAAGAAUGGCCCUAUGUGUCGUUGUGGACAAGGAUGGAAAGGAAAUCGAUGCCACAUCAAGGUUAACCCUUCUCCUGCAGAUUUCAUAUACCCUCAGAAUACCAUAUGGACUUUCCUGGGCAUUGGAUCAGCUUUCUUGAUGAUUCAUAUUACAGUUGCAGUCUUGUGUUUUCUUGCAAACAGAAAAGGACCAGUCAGGAAAACUAAAGCAAGUGUUAACCAAGCAUUUGUUAAUCCAGUUUAUGGGAACUGGAGGGACCCAGAGAAAACGGAGAGUUCUGUAUACUCCUUCUCAAACCCGUUAUAUGGCACAACAUCAGGAUGCCUGGAGACCAAAUCUAAUCAUCUGAAAUAGUACCAUCAAGAUCAAGUAUGAUCUAGGGUAUGUAGUUUACAGAAAAUUCUAGUCUGUGAAAUCUGAUGGAAACUCACCUUAUGCAAUAGUAGAAAUAGAAGGAAUUCAGAAUACUAUUACAUUUACAAAUAAAUUUUCUUACUGAAUAUAUUAAAUGUUUUCAUGGCAUCUGAAUCAGAACCUUAAGUUCAUUAUACAUCUGAAUAUUUUAAUAAAAUGUUCUAAUUGA